CCACUACCACCACCUCUACGAGCCCCUGACGUGCGGCCGACGUUAAUCUGAAGACAUUUGGGAUGCCUCCGAAGACCAAGACCGCGAAAAAGCGCGCUCGCUCUCCUGAGCCUGCCGCGACCAAGAGGGCGUCCAAACGCGGCAAAAAGGACGCGUCGGCCACCAGUAGCAUCGUCGAGGAUACAACUCAGACUCAGACGCAAGACGCGUCCAACAUAGACCCAUCGAAGGCGGUCAAGCCGGCCGACGCACCGUCGUUUCAAGGCGCUUUCGAUUUGUACGCCAUGGAGCUGCCCUUUCUGAACUCGGUCUUCACACCGGCACGAGACUACGCCGCGUUGCUCGAGGUCAUUCGAACGUACCAGGCAAAGCCCGACAACAGUGCCCGCAUCUACUUACCCGCGGAUGUCUCGACCGCGGGCCGUCUACAGAGUGGUGUCAUCGAAGACCCCCUCGAGGACAUGCCGUUCGAGCUUGCUCUGAGCCUUCUCACGCUGAAGAACUCCUUGAGCUUCACAGCGUGUGAGUCCAGUGGGGCCUACUUUUCCGAGCCUACAAAGGCCUCCGCCGGUAUCACAGGCUCUGUCGACCUCGAAAAUGACCAUUGCGGUGUCUCCUCCACCUCGGGAUCAUUCAAGAUGCGUCGUGCUUGGGUGAGCUCGACCGGGAAGGAUGAGAUCUUCGAGGGCUUCGCUUCGGUGAAGAUUGUGUAUUCUGGGAUGUACCGUCGCAAGUCCUUCGAGAAUGGCUGCACGGUUAGCUUCCCUUUCUGGGCAAUCAGGGCAUGUGUCGGAGAGGACGGGAAGGAGAUUGGCCUUCAGCCACUUCAAUAAUAGAAUGGCACGCUUGCAUUACUUUACUAGUAGGGGCCUGUGAUAAUAUUUUCGACGCAUUUCGGCCGGAGUCUUUACAGUCCGUUGCAAAUCAACAGUGCACGUCCCAUAGACAAGUCCACAAGAAUCUGAGCUCUGAGACUCAAUAAGUA